CCUCCCCCCUCCCCUCUCCCCUCCCCGCCUUGCGCCCCGAUGCCGCGCGGCGAAGGCCGAUAUCGUCAAGCAGCGCACGUCCGACCGCCUCGAGACGAUCUUCACGGCGCGGGCUCAGCGAGCGGAGGCAGAGGCCGAGACCGUCUUGCAGGAGGCACUCGACGCCCCGGGCACAAUGGACGAGGCCUCCCUGGCGGAGUUCCGGCAGCGCUACAUCGGCCUCAAGAUGCAGAAGCACACCAGGCUGGCCCUGAAGGAGCUGGCGGGCCCGCCCCCGCACGCCAGGCGCUCGGCCGGCGAGGCGUCGGCGGACCGCCCUGGGCUGCCGCGGGCCGCUUCGGCGGGGCUCGAGCGGUUGAAGCAGGGGCACCAGUGGAGCUCGUCCAGGAGCUCCUCUUCGGAGUGGCGCCGCCCCGAGGAGCGCGCCGUGCGCAGCACCAGCGCGGGGCCGGGUCGGGCCCUGCGCGGUGCCCCGCCCGCCGCGGGCCCGCCGUGCGCCGACGCGUUCGGCGGGCGGGUGGUGAGGAUGACGUAGGCGGCCCGCGCGGAAGGGCGCGGCCGAGGAUGACUCGGGCCACCGCGCGCGCCUGGAGGGCCCGGGGGGAGGCGUCUUCGAGCUACCGCCCCCCAGUUUCGCGCACCGCGCCCCCCGAGGCGCGACGGGCGGUCGGCUUCGCGCCAUCGCGGGGCCCACCCUUGGGAGCAGGGCGCCCCUCCGCUGACCCAAGCCGCGGUGCGCGGAGCGCGAUGACCCGUGCGCCCCGGGGGG